AUGCGGCUACUGCCCUUGAUGAUGCUGAUCUACAUCCUGAACUACCUGGAUCGAAACAACAUUGCUACGGCGCGUUUGGGAACCCUUGAGAAAGACAUCGGGCUGGAAGGCGACCAGUAUAACACCAUUAUCAGCCUGUUCUUCGUCGGGUAUAUUUUAACCCAGGUCCCUACCAACAUGAUCCUGAAUAAGAUGAAGCCAUCUACAUUCCUGCCAGGGGUGAUGUGCUGCUGGGCUAUCGUCAGCACUUGCACAGGAGCAGUUCAAAGUUAUAAGGGCUUACUGGCCUUGCGGUUUGUCCUGGGCUUCGUCGAAGCGCCAUUCUUCCCUGGUGCCUUGUUUCUUUUCUCGUCCUGGUAUACGAAGAAAGAACUUGCCGCACGCAUCUCAAUUCUGUAUGUCGCUGCGCAGCUCUCAGGAGCAUUUGGUGGUCUUCUGGGCAGUGCGAUCAUGUCCGGCAUGGAUGGCAAAGCGGGACUUCCAUCCUGGCGAUGGCUCUUCAUCAUCGAGGCAGGCGCCACAUUCCCAGUCGCCCUACUGGCAAUGUUCAUCUUGCCCGACUAUCCAGAGACAACGAAAUGGCUAAGCGAGACGGAACGAACGCUCGCCAUUUCCCGACUCGCCGCAGACGCCAUCGAAGACGACCACGACGAAAUGGACGGCAAUUUUGAAGGCCUCAAACUAGCCUUCACAGACCCGGCUCUGUAUAUCAUCUGGAUGAUGCAACUAGGCCUCAACACCGCUGCCGCCUUCACGAAUUUCUUCCCGACAAUCGUCGAGACGCUCGGGUACGGAACCACCAACACGCUUCUGCUCUCCGCGCCGCUAUACAUGUUCGUCGCGAUCCUGAGCGUGUUCAACUCGUUCCACAGCGACCACAUCAGCGAGCGAUGGCUGCACGUCGUGUGGCCGCAGAUAUUCAGCAGCAUCGGGUUCAUCAUCAGUGCGGUAACUCUGAACGUGGCCGCGCGGUAUAUCUCGACGUUCGUGAUGAUGUCAAUCUAUGGCUCGUUUGGCUAUAUUCUGUCCUGGGUGUCGACGUCGCUUCCGCGGCCGAGGUCGAAGCGUGCUGUGGCGUAUGCGGUUGUGAAUGCGGGAUCUAAUCUCGCGUCUAUAUAUGCAAGCUAUUUUUAUCCGAAGUCGCAGGGCCCAAGAUACUGGCAAGCUAAUGUGGCUAAUGUGGCUUUCUGUGGGUUGUGCAUUGUUAUGGCGACGCUGUUACCUUUCUUCUUGCGCUGGCGGAAUAGUCAACUGGAAAAGGCUGCCAACUUGGAUAUGGCGAGUGGACGAGAUCCUACGGUCGAGGGCUCGGGCUGCUACCAACUUGAUGUGCGGUGGAACUGCCAUCCGGGUUAUCGGUACACAACCUGA